AUGACAACAAUAAUGAAUGACUACAGCGCCAUCAUUCUGGUACACUGGCUGCUCACAGUGUGGGGAUGCAUGAAUUACAUGUUUCCAGCUUCCUAUGCCUGGGGAAAUUUCAGUGUCCUUGCAGUGGGGAUCUGGGCCAUUGUGCAGCGAGAUUCCCUUGAUGCCAUCAUGAUGUUCCUGACUGGCCUGCUGCUCACAGUCCUCACAGACAUCAUUCACAUCUCUGUCUUCUACCCUUCAAACAAGUAUCUCAUUGACGUGCAGCGUUUCAGUGCAGGCAUGGCUAUCUUCAGCCUCCUCCUCAAACCUGUGUCCUGCUAUUUGGCGUAUCGAAUGUAUCAGGAGCGUGGAGGAGAGUACACCUUUAACAUAGGUGUCACCCGUGCAAGCCAUGACCGCAGCACCUAUGAGCCAAUUGAUCAGCAGGGUGCCCCUCCACAGUGGCCUGACUCAAGCAAGACAGCCCAGCAGCCAUACUGACGCCCUCUCUGCAACAAAGAACAGACGCUUCCCUUGCCCAGUCUAGCCUUCUGCUCUUCCUGUGUUUGUUCUGAUGGAGCAAGACCUGCUACUAAGCAAACGGGAGAGGAAUCUUUUUUUCAUUUCUUUUGCCUCCCUGAAGGUUAGGGUUCCUGCACUAAGUCCAGAAGAUCUUGGAGGUGUCAUGUUAAGCACUGUGACUCUUUGUAAUCCCAGUACUCUCCUUUCCUCCCUCCUCCUAAACCCCUUCUCUGUAUGUGUGAAUGGAUGCACCUUCUGCAGUCUUCCAAGUCUUGUAUUGUGCAUCCUCUCUGUUGUAAGUAAGGGAAUGACUCAAAAUAUUUCUGGACAAGCUAUCUUUAAAAGGCUUAUGGACUGCCCUUAAACAGUACAGUUUAGCCUGCUUUUAUGCAGAUAUAUUUCCAGGAAACAUCUGAGAGUUCCUGAGGGCUGUUUUUGAUGGUGUUAUUUAACUAAGAUUUAUGACCAUAACUCCCUAUACUAGCUGUGGUGGUUUGCACAAAGCUGCGGAUGGUAUAAAAUGCUCUUACUGGGCCAGGGAGCUGCUUGUGCUCCCAGUAUCUAGUCUUGGGUUUUAUUCACUGAUGCUUUUAUGCAAGUUGAGUGUCCUUCGGGAUCUUUAAAAUGGCUAUUGAACGUAUGUUAUAGAUGCUCUGUGCCUUCAAAUGUCCUUCACCUUCAGCUACCUAUCUUAA